AUUAUAUUACUCUCGAUAACUUCUCUAAAUUUGGUUCGUCAUACAGUACAUACCCGUAAAGUUUCAUAAUUUUCCGCAGCUCUCUGAUUGCCCUUCAAGGAAAAUUUAUCGCUUCGGAUUAAGUCCCGAUGAAGGGUUCUUUUUCUUGUCGGGAGUGUCGUGUCAGGGUUUCAAAGUCCAUGGAUUCGAAAUUAGUCGCCUGAAUUUGAAGGCGAUAUUCCUGUAUUAUAAAGAGGUUCUCAAUCAAUAUUUUGUCGUGAAUGGUCAAGACCAUGAAGAAUGUCUCAAACGAUUCCGAACCCGAGUUGGACCCGAGAGGAAAAAGUGAUCUUCAUUUGUCUCCAUCAGCCGCCGUUAGCUUGAACGCAAUGAAAGAGACACACGGACCUUCGCUGGAAAAAUCUUCGUUUCCCCCGACUCUGAGGCCAAGUUCGAUCGGAUUAUUGAGAAGCAAUCAAAGCAGUUCUUUUGAGACAAACGUGAGAAAGGCCAGAGCAGGAAUUCGAAUUUGCAAUCGAUUCCGACAGACAAGAAACAGCCGAGGAACAAAUGCAGUCCGCGAUAGAUUGGAUACUACUGGUCGAAGUCCUACUGGGAUUGGAAGAGAACCAUCGGAUUCCAGAAGAUCUUCAUCCACGAUCCCACUUUUAGUCAUUUUUGGACUUGUGAUUUAUGCUGGUUUCUUCUCUGCUCGAGGAGAUUGGCAUUCGAGACCCAUCAAAAAUUUGGAACCCAUCAAAACUGUCCCUUUUGCCUUCAAGGAGAAACUUAAUGAGCAAUUGAGUGAUUUGACUUUGGUAGUCCCCGAAAAACAUGCUGAUCGUCACGACAGUUCCACGGCUUCGACGUGUAAUUACACCGACACUUUCGUGGAGGAAGAUAAACCAAUUGCUCCAAAGUUCCGUAUCCUCAUGGCCAUGGCGACACUGGAACUUUUCCCUGUUCUUCUAUCCCACGUCGAUUCACUCAGGCUCGAACUUGGAUCCGCAAUGAAUCAGCUUUUGCCAAUUCCCUUGAUUCCCUGCAACGAUGAAACCUCGAGCCCUGUUGAUGCCGACACCGAGGAACUGGAGAGGAUCGCCUGCGAGACAAACGGAUUCUGGUCGCGUGCUUCCCAGCUACGGGAUGAAGUGAUGGAAAUAUUGAAAAAUAAGACUAGUAUAAUGAACGAGUUGGAGACUGGUGACAGGCUGUUGAACCGCGUGCAGAGGAAGCAAGUUGCAGCAGAUGCUGCUGAGGGCUGCCGAAGACUGAUGGUGGAAAACAUGGCCAAAAAUCCCUUCGCCGAAUUCAACUCAGCUGUUCUCGCAAUGAAAAAUGGCACGUCCAACAACCCGCGUGUCUUUGACUUGGCCCGCACGCGUCAGGAUCUGCUUCGGCUAAUUUGGGAUGGAUACAAUACCAGAAGAAAUGUUUUCGUGGGAACCAAGUUUGAGAAAUUGGCAGAAAGCAUUCCAGAGUCAGCAAACAUCGUUGCCAUGAUGCAGGACGAGAUUGAUUUAAUGCUACAAGCUUCCAAACGAGUUUUCAGAGCUGGAUUGAAUUCUCAAAUCAUGCUUGACAGAGUGUUGGCUCAAGAUCAAGAGUUUGCUGAAGUCCUGGGCAAAAUAGACAGACUAUUGGCUCAUAGAUCGACUCUGAACGUGUUGGAAGACAACUUGCUGAAAGUUAAGAUUGCUGCUGAUCGAAUCGGCGAACCUUUGGGUUACAACAUGGCACUCGAUACUGGAAAAACGCAAGAAAAUUCUGGAUAUAACGUUGAUUCUGAUCAAGGAGGAGACUGUUCCUUGCGAAAUGACCAGAAUGAAGAAGAAGAAGAAGAAGACCAUCACCAGAAAAUGACAAGAGAUGAUUGCGCAGAGUUGCUUCGCAGAAAAAUGGGAGACAUUUGCUUACCUGACUGUGACAGAGUUCAAAAAGAGGAUCAACUGAUAAUGAUUCAGCGAAAAAUAGAAAUUUUGCAGAAACUGAACGCAUGUGUAAAGGAUGACUUCGAACAAUUGGGAAAGUACAGAUUGGCGUACAAAAACUUCAAGACGAUGGAAUUGGGAGUGCAAAAGAAAUUAUUGACCAGUAUUGGAGGAAUAGCACAUUUGUUGCCGAUGGUUCGACCUGAUUUGCAAGCUUUGAACGACGAUCUCGAAAAUGCUAGACGUGAAAUCGAAGAACAGCGAACCAUUUUGUCAAGAAUGAAGGUCGUGCAGAACAAAAUCAUACGUGAAUCAGUGAUAGCAGCAAAUCAGUUGCUAACUAUCCUGAAUAUCGCCGAUUUUCCUCGCGACGGCUUGUUGACGUUUCGUGUCAACGAAGUUAUCCACAAAGUUGACCAGGUAGAGGCUGACAUCUACUGCUUGAAGCUGCUACUUGAAUCGGAAGAGGCUCCUAUUGAAUGUGCAGCUAUCAUCAAAAGACUCGUGAAAGAGAAAACAUGGCCUCGAGAUAUUCCGGGAAAUUUCACGUGUUCUGGACUCAACAACAAAAAUCCUCUGAACCCCAGAAAAAAGAAGAAAGUUCCAAAAACAUCGACAGUGAUCGUUUCAGAAGACAAACCAAAUUUCAAAUGCCUUCUCUCAGAUUCCGUCACGGAAACCCGAGAUGAAACUGACGAUCCCUUCGUCCCACGCAAAAAUAAUAAUGAACCUGAUGCGGAUAAUGACCAUCAUGCAAACGCGUUUCGGCAAAUUUUCGGCAAUGCCAAAAGACUCUCUGACGAAUUCCCUGCAAACAUUGGCGUGAAAUAUUCUGGGGACUCCCGAGCAAACUUGUUUCCCGAAAAUCCCCCUUUGAUGGUUGACGAAGGCGGCCCGAGUUUCCAGUCGAAAAAGGCGAAGACAAGGGAAACCCAGGUUGUCGAGGAAAUUUCUGCGUCUUGCGCGGAUCAAGUUUGUCACACUUCCAAAGCAACGGCUUCUAACAACAUUCACAGACCUCUGAGUAUUUUCAAAACUUUGAAAAAUGAUGCCAAAUUUUGGGCAACUGGAGACGGUUCCACAUCGCGAAGGUUCAAAGCCAAAAAGACCGACGCUCUUCCCUCUUUGCUCGGACUAGAAUCUGAUUUCGCGUCACACGGUGUACCCUCGAACAAAGACGAGUUUGUGCAUAAUUUGGACGAUGCUGACGUAAGUCCAAGAUGCGGAAAACAGGACCAUCAAGAUGAAGAUCCUUGUGUCGAUGGGACAGACGAGAAAUGCAUCGCACUUCGGCGUCGUCAGCGUUAUGAAUUUGGCGCGGAUGGUCGUGCAAAAGUGGAUCCUCCGAAACCCUUGCCUCCACGAGAAUCUGUGCAGAUUCCUCCGGCUUCUGACAUCCCGAGGUGA